GAAAAAAAAAAAAGUCGAGGCUUCGAGCGUGGGAGGAUAAAGUACAAAGGCGCACACUGUCGUGAACUCAGACCAGACCUUCUUGAUUUGCAGACGAAUUCAAAUCUCACACUCCAUUGUUGCUUUGGGAUCUGCAUGGUUUUCAGUUGAGGGCUGAGCCUUCCAUUGUUGGGCAAUCUUACCAUCUGCAAGAUGAUCAACUGAACCUGAAGAUAUCUGUUACUUCAAGUGCAUGCUUUUGCUGAUACUGCAGUCUCUCUUAUUCAUGGGAUUUUCAGUCGAGUUUGUGCCCAUCAGGUAUACCUAGAUGGAAAGAAAUGUGAAAAGAGGUACCAUAGAUCAACAUAGCAAUUAUGAACAAGUUCGACAUGCUAAUUUGGAAGCAAGAAAUCAGGGACUUGGGUCGACAAUUCAAAGAUCUUUCCACGAUCCAUCAAGCAACAUCAGCUCCAACAUUCGACCCCCUGAAUAUAAUAUGCCAGUUGGAGCUAGUCCUGUCCACAACUACUCCAUUCAAACUGGCGAGGAAUUUGCACUUGAAUUUAUGCGGGAAAGGGUGAAUGCCAAGCAUCAAUUUAUUCUCACCAAUAGUCCUGACCCAGGUGUUACAACUGGGUACAUGGAUUUAAAAGGCAUUGUAGGACUUCCCCAUCCAAGUUCCGAGAGUGGAUCUAGCAUUCCCAUGCUCAACCCUGUAGAAAAAGAUCAUGUUCAACAUUUUGAAAGAGGGGGCUUUUCACAUGAAGAAAAGAGUAUAUAUAAUUCAAGGAGGUUUGUCCCAAGAGCCUCAUCAAGAAAUGAUGUCAUUCCACUUCAUGGUUCUACAUCUUCAGGAGCAUCUGAUAGCUCAUCAAGAAAGGUGAAAUUCAUGUGCAGUUUUGGUGGUAAAGUCAUGCCUCGCCCUUGUGAUGGAAAACUUAGGUAUGUUGGAGGGGAAACACGUAUUAUCCGUAUAACCAAGGAUAUUUCUUGGUUGAAUCUGCUGCAGAAAACAUCAACAAUUUACGAUCAAGUUCAUACUAUUAAAUAUCAGUUACCUGGUGAGGAUCUUGAUGCAUUGGUUUCUGUAUCUUGUGAUGAGGACUUGCAAAACAUGAUGGAGGAAUGUAAUGUAACAGAAUAUGGGGGCUCAACAAAGCCAAGAAUGUUCUUGUUUUCUAUUUCUGAUUUAGAGGAUGCUCAAAUUGGUGUCAGAAGUGCAGAGGGUGAUACAGAGUUUGAAUAUGUAGUAGCUGUAAAUGGUAUGGACCUCAGUUCAAGAAGGAACUCCACGCCCUUGGCCAAUACUUCAGGAAACAAUUUAGAUGAGUUGCUUGCCCUUAACGUUGGAUCAGAGAGUGGUCAAGUUGCUCCAGAAUUGUCUGACAACAUCAAAUCAUCUCUGACCAUUUCUGCACCUUCAUUUUCUCCGUCCUCUCAAACCAGUUGGACCAAUUCAUCUAGUGGUUUCAAGCCCAAUUUGCAGCAAUUGUCAGGACAAAAGUUGCAGCAAGGUGAUUUUGGGCCUCCCCAACUCUCUUCUUUCCGCCCCAUGCAAAGUUUAUCUGAAAAUGUUGGAAAGACUUCAAUUCCUUCAUCCAUUCAGGCACAACGUGAGUACGUUCUUAUUAACAAUGCAGCACCUGUAGAGAAUAUAUCUUCAAUUCCCAGCAAAGGACAUGUGAAUCAACAGGGUGGCUUGGCUACAGACAAUCCGGUCAGUGGUUUUCACACACAAGAUUCAGAUGCAUCGUUAAAGGAGGGUAAAAUUACAGAGAUUCCAACUUUGAAGCUGAAUGAACCUGAUAAAAUUCAAUCAUUGGAAAAGGAGGCAUCAUUUAAGGAUGCACAAAUUAAAAGGCAAGGCUCUCUCCAUAAGAUCGAUGAAACUAAUGAAAGCGAAAAUUUUGAACAUGAAUACUUGGUUUCAUCAAACCUAAAUGAUGCUUCUGUUUUGAGCUAUAACUCAAAAGGAGUGCAGGUAAUUAAUUUAGACACAGAUGUAGGAUCGAGUUUUCCGCUUUCAAAAAGCAACAAGAAGCAUCAAGAUCCUGCUCAAGAAUCAGUACCCCUAGAAGUGAGUAAUGAAGGAAACAAUAGAACUGAAGGUGAUAAAUUUUCAUCUGAUGGACUUCCAACUUCUGGUUUUGGUGUCUCUGAGGCUGAUGAAACAGGGUUUAGCUACCAUGAACCCAUUUUACCUCCACGUGUAUUUCAUUCUGAAAGGAUUCCAAGGGAGCAGGCUGAAUUGAACCGUUUAUCCAAAUCUGAUGAUUCCUUUGGCUCUCAGUUUCUUAGAACUCAGGAUAACUCCAAUUUUUCUCAGACAAUUAUUGAAUCAGCUGAAACAUUGCUGGAUGGGAAUGCGACUCUGAAGCCUGAGCAAUCUGUUUCAUCUUCAAAUGUUCCACGUGGAAAUAGUCAUGCUGUAGAAGAUGGAUUGGAGGCAUUUGAAAAGUACAAAACAUUAGCAGAUACCAGUAAUAAAAUGAUGAAUAUUUCAGGUGAGCAUGAUGGGGCUGAGGUCAGUGAUAUGUCCAAUAUUAGAAGUCCUGCCAAUAGGAAGGAAGCAGGAGGUUUGGCUCAUCUUAGGGCAAGUGAAGAAGUUUCUGACAAGUGUAAGGAGGAAUCUCUUAUGGGACCCCUGGAGUCAGGCUGGAUUGACGGAAGUACACAUAAGAACCAAGGAAAUGAAACUCAAGAGCAAACAGAGCCUUCAUCAUUGGCAGAGAAUCCUGGUAAAACUGUUACUGAAGUAGAAUCUGGAGUUGGUAUUAACACUCCAGAGCAUGGGGACAUUCUUAUUGAUAUUAAUGACCGCUUUCCACGUGAUUUCCUUUCUGAUAUAUUCUCAAAGGCCAGAAACUUUGAAAGCAUUUCUGGCAUCAAUCCAUUGCAUGCUAAUGGGGCUGGCUUGAGCUUGAACGUGGAGAAUCAUGAGCCUAAGCGUUGGUCAUACUUUAGAAACUUGGCUCAGGAGGAGUUUGUUGGAAGGGAUGCUUCUCUUAUGGAUGAUGACCACCUGGGCCGAACGUGGAGAAUCAUGAGCCUAAGCGUUGGUCAUACUUUAGAAACUUGGCUCAGGAGGAGUUUGUUGGAAGGGAUGCUUCUCUUAUGGAUGAUGACCACCUGGGCCAGAAACUUUGAAAGCAUUUCUGGCAUCAAUCCAUUGCAUGCUAAUGGGGCUGGCUUGAGCUUGAACGUGGAGAAUCAUGAGCCUAAGCGUUGGUCAUACUUUAGAAACUUGGCUCAGGAGGAGUUUGUUGGAAGGGAUGCUUCUCUUAUGGAUGAUGACCACCUGGGCUUCUCUUCCUCACUUGCAAAUUCAGAUGUAGGUGCGAUUUAUCACAGAGAUUCUCAAAUCAAUUUUGGUGACAACAUUCAGCCGGAAUCCUGUCUGCUCACUGGACCCAGCUCUACAAAUCCAUAUACAGAUUAUGUUUCUUCAAAGCCUAAGGGCGAUGACAGCAUACAGUUGGAUGAUCCUAGCGCUAAAGCCCAACACACUAAAGGCCAACAUGCUGAGAAUGUGGAUGCAAAAUUGGAUAUCCAAGAUAUUGGUGUACCUCUGGCUGAUAUUUAUCUUGAAGAAUUUGAUAUCAGUACGUUGCAGAUAAUUAACAAUGAAGACCUUGAAGAGCAACGAGAACUGGGUUCUGGCACAUUUGGUACAGUGUAUCAUGGGAAGUGGCGAGGAUCAGAUGUAGCAAUUAAACGGAUAAAAAAAAGUUGUUUCACCUGUAGGUCAUCAGAGCAAGAAAGAUUGACUGUAGAGUUUUGGCGUGAAGCUGAGAUUCUUUCAAAGCUUCAUCAUCCAAAUGUGGUGGCCUUUUAUGGUGUGGUGCAGGAUGGGCCAGGUGGGACUUUGGCCACAGUGACUGAAUUCAUGGUCAAUGGCUCCUUACGGAAUGUUUUACUUAGCAAAGACCGGUACCUGGAUCGACGCAAGAGGCUUAUUAUUGCAAUGGAUGCAGCAUUUGGAAUGGAAUAUCUGCAUUCAAAGAAUAUUGUGCACUUUGAUUUAAAAUGCGACAACUUGCUUGUCAACUUGAAAGACCCUUUACGGCCAAUUUGCAAGGUUGGAGAUUUUGGCUUGUCAAAAAUAAAAAGAAACACAUUAGUUACUGGCGGUGUCCGAGGGACCCUUCCAUGGAUGGCUCCUGAACUACUUAACGGUAGCAGCAGCAAGGUUUCUGAAAAGGUUGACGUAUUCUCAUUUGGCAUUGUACUAUGGGAGAUCCUCACUGGCGAGGAGCCAUAUGCAAAUAUGCACUAUGGAGCAAUCAUAGGAGGCAUAGUGAACAACACAUUGAGACCACCGGUACCAAACUUCUGUGACCCCGACUGGAUAUUGCUGAUGGAACAGUGUUGGUCGCCUGACCCGGUAGCCCGGCCAUCUUUCACAGACAUAGCGAGGCGAUUGCGUGUGAUGUCUACGACUACCCAGACAAAAGCACCACAUGGUCAUCAACCACAGAAUCAGGCACCCAAGUAAAUUUCCUUGACAAUUUUACCCUACUUUGUUUUGCUUCCUGAGUUAGCAGGGUAAGAAGAGUCGUUUACCUGGAUGUAGUCAGUUACUUAAGUAUAAGGCGAGUGGUAUUACAUAGCAAUAUAUGAAUAAGGGGCUGCCUCUGGAUAGACGGAAUUGUAGGUUGGUUUAAGAUAUCAUCAUCAAUAGCGAGAUUGUGGGCUGUGCGAUACCUGAGGAUUUGAUUUAUAUGUUAAGUCAAUUUAUUUAUGACCACAGUGAAUAUAUACAAAAAGAAAACAUUGGUUGGUUACCAGCCAUUUGAAGUGCCUAUUGAGAUUUUGUUUGUA